AUGGAGGGCGAUCGAACCGCGUACGUGCCCAAGCACGCUGGGCGCAACAUCUUUCCAUGUCAUGGCCUCUUCAAUCGGCUCGUACGCUUCGCACAUCAAUCGCCACCACGGCUAUGUGUUCGGGAUGACAACACUGGACACGAAGCAACACAUUUGCAGCUGAUGUCCGAUGUUCUUGCACUCCGACAGCGCAUAUGGAGCAACCUUGGCCAGGAUGUCCGUCAGGCGCUGGAGUGGAAGCAGGAAGUUUACAUCGCCGUUCUUGCGCCGGGCGGUUACGAGUAUACGGUCGCUAUGCUUGCUGUUCUUGCGCUCGGUGCAGCCGUGGUGCCGAUGACUGUUGCGCUUCCGCCAGAGGAGGCGCUGUACUUCGUAAAGAAGUCUCGAGCAGCGGCAAUCCUCGUGUCUUCCGGCGCCCUACGUCUUGGUCUGGCACUGGAACGUCUGAUCAGAGACCAAAACCCUUACAGCACCUUCUCCUGCAUACCAGUCGGGCCUUCAACAUUCACACGUUGCCUGCACCCCAGCGAGCUCAUCAUAUCUUCUGAUCUCUUCCUCAGCGACAACGAGCCCGGCGUCGUGAUCUUCACGUCCGGGACUACGGGCCCACCCAAAGGCGCUGUUAUGCGACGAGGCUAUACAUUCGACGGCGCACUCUCCGUCGCUGAUCAUUACCGAAUAACGCAGGAAGACGUGCUUCUCCAUGUGCUUCCCGUCCACCACGCCACGGGUCUGGGCAUAAUGUUCUUCCCGUUCCUCAUCUCCGGCGCAUUGAUAGAGUACCGGAGUAGUGGCUUCAGCCCUGAAUGGACAUGGGAGAGGUGGCGUAAAGGAGGUCUGACAUUUUUCUCCGGUGUGCCGACGAUCUACAUGCGUAUGAGGCGGUACUACGAGCAGACUCUGUCCAAGCGACCGGACGUGAACCGAUACAUCGCUGGCGCACGGAAGUUGAGAGCAUGCUUAUGCGGAACAAGCGCUCUGCCCAAACCCAUUGCGGACUUCUGGACGGACAUCUUGGGCAAGAAGAUUCUGCUCCGGUACGGUGCGACGGAGAUUGGCGCAGUCUUCAAAGUAGAAUACGACCAGUGGUCUAUCGUGCCAGAUGGCUCGGUUGGGACACUGUUCGCUGGCUGCGAUGUGAAGUUGUCAGAAGGUAACGAGGGUGAGAUUCUUGUCAAAAGCCCGGAAAUGUUCAGCAAAUACCUCUUCGAUCCCGAUGCGACGAGCGCAGCUCAUACGCCAGAAGGUUAUUACAAGACCGGAGACAUAGCGCGGAGAGAGGGCGAGCAUUACUGGAUCAUGGGCCGUGCCAGUGUCGACAUUAUCAAGAGCGGUGGGUACAAGAUCUCAGCGCUCGACAUCGAGCGUGAGAUCAUGGCCCUGCCGUAUGUGGCGGAGGUAAUGGUGGUGGGUGUGCCCGAUGAAGAGUUUGGUGAGCGAGUUGCGGGCGCCAUUUGCCUGAAGGAUGCGGCGGAUAUGGAGGAUCCCCUGUCGAAGCUUACCGUUGACCGGCUAAGGCAGGACCUCCGGAGCCGGCUUGCUGGGUACAAGAUGCCCACGAUGCUGAGGGUCAUAGAAGGCGAACUCCCGAAAUCGGGGACGGGCAAGGUCGUGAAGAAAGUACUUGGUCCACAAUUCUUCCCAAGCAAUUACCGCACGCUAGCUGAGGUCCAGGUGUGGAGCCCAAGAGAAGAGCAGAGCUGGAAGCCGAAAGCCAAGCUGUAA